AUGGAAAAGAACAUCUGCUAUUGGCAACGAAGGAGAAAAGAAGUCCUCUACGACGAUUGCGUACUUGAGGACUCCUUGUCCCAAGGUGACUGGCACAUCGAGGAGGACCCAAACGUAGACUGCGAGAUGCUGCUCAGAAGAUUACGGGCCUGUGCUGAGCGUGCCUCGAAGCCGCGCACGACAAACUUGGAUCGAAUUUCGAAAACCACCAAAGAAUUGUUGGAAAGAAGGGUUUUGAGGCUUGAUCCGAAUGCAUCGCAUAUUGAGCGGUUAGUAGCAAACACUAGCAGCAGAAAGGCGUUGCAGGAGGAUCUUCUGGCAUACAGGGAUCUCCGCGAAUACAAUAUUUCGCUAGCAGCCUUGCUGAGAGAAGAUAGGACUCGCACGUCUUCUCGUCGUGAGAUGGAAAUCGUUACGGAGAGGUUCUACUCGAAUCUUUUUCGUUCAUCAACUCCUGUGUCAAGCCCAAUCAUCCCCACUGGCGAAGCUCCACCACGGAUUCUCCCUUCGGAAGUACGAGUCGCUAUCAAGAACAUGAAACAGAACAAGUCGCCAUCCACUUCAUGUAAUCUUAGCAGCGCACUUGACAUCCUGCCUUCAGAAAGAAAAGAUCCCAGAACAGUGGAAGACCUUGCGAACCGUUCUUAUCCAUAA